AUGGAGGAGGUGAUGGUGGUGAUAAUGGAUUUGGAGGUGAUGGUGGCCACUGUGGCGGAGGUCCUGGUUAUAGUAGUAGAGGGGGCUAUGGUGGUGGAGGACCAGGAUAUGGAAACCAAGGUGGUGGAUAUGGUGGAGGUGGAGGAUAUGAUGGUUACAAUGAAGGAGGAAAUUUUGGCGGUGGUAAUGAUGGUGGUGGUGCCUUGUCCCAGGUCAGGUGGAGACAGCAGCCCUGGGGAUAAGAGAUUGGAAGACUGGCAGUCCUAUGGGUACUUUGUGCUGCACUUCGAGGCUGGCAUCCUGCAGUAUUUCGUGAACGAGCAAAGCAAACACCAGAAGCCAAGGGGAGCGCUGUCGUUAGCUGGAGCCAUCGUGUCCCUGAGUGACGAAGCUCCUCACAUGUUGGUCGUGUACUCUGCCAACGGAGAGAUGUAUAAACUGAGAGCUGCUGAUGCAAAAGAGAAACAGUACUGGGUGACUCAGCUUCAGGCUUGCGCCAAAUAUCACAUGGAAACGAAUUCUAAGAGUACUUCAAGCUCCCGAAGCCGAAGUCUCACUUUGCUCCCCCAUGGAACACCCAGUACUGCGUCUCCUUGUAGCCAGAGACACCUCAUUGCGGGGGCCCCCGGUGUUGUCACAAUCACGCAUCACAAGUCGCCUGCAGCCGCCCGAAGAGCCAAGAGUCAGAUUUCCGGCCAGCUUCAUGAAGUCAGAGAGAUGAUGAGCCAGGUGGAAGGACAGCAGAAGAGCCUCGUGCACGCCAUCGAGUCCCUCCCAGGUUCAGGUCCCCUCACUGCCUUGGACCAGGAUCUGCUGCUCUUGAAAGCUACCUCCGCUGCCACCCUCAGCUGCCUUGGGGAGUGCCUCAACUUACUACAGCAGAGUGUGCACCAGGUGGGCCAGCCCAGCCAGAAGCCAGGGGCCUCCGAAAACAUCCUGGGAUGGCACGGGCCCAAGUCACAUUCCACAGAGCAGCUGAAAAACGGAACCCUUGGCUCUCUGCCACCUGCCAGUGCCAACAUAACCUGGGCCAUCUUGCCAAACUCCGCUGAAGACCAACCCACCUUACAGCCCGAGCCGGAGCCAAAUGCAGGUCCCGAACCUGUUUUGUCUGAAGAUGAACAAAGUGACACUGAAGAUAAGGAAGAGACAGAACUGGGUGUCAUGGACGAUCAGCGUAGUAUAAUUCUUCACCUCAUCUCACAACUCAAACUUGGAAUGGAUUUGACCAAGGUAGUGCUUCCCACAUUUAUUCUGGAGAAGCGCUCCUUGCUGGAGAUGUACGCGGAUUUCAUGGCGCACCCGGACCUGCUGCUGGCCAUCACUGCCGGGGCCACGCCCGAGGAGAGAGUCGUCUGCUUCGUGGAGUAUUACCUCACAGCCUUCCACGAGGGCCGCAGGGGCGCCCUGGCCAAGAAGCCCUACAACCCCAUCAUUGGCGAGACGUUUCACUGCUCCUGGGAAGUUCCCAGGGACAAGGUCAAGCCAAGGAGGACUGCUCCCCACUCUCCUGGUGGCUGUCUCAACAACCCGAUGGCCGAUGACCCUUCCAAAAGCUACAAACUAAGGUUUGUGGCUGAGCAAGUGUCUCACCACCCACCCGUCUCCUGCUUCUACUGCGAGUGCAAGGAGAGGAGGCUGUGCAUCAGCACCCACGUAUGGACCAAGAGCAAGUUCAUGGGCAUGUCCGUUGGGGUCUCUAUGAUUGGGGAAGGUGUGCUGCGGCUCCUGGAACACGGGGAGGAGUACGUGUUUACCCUGCCAAGUGCCUACGCACGCUCCAUCCUCACCAUCCCAUGGGUGGAGCUCGGAGGGAAAGUCGGCAUCAACUGUGUCAAGACCGGGUACUCGGCGACAGUCACCUUCCACACGAAGCCCUUUUAUGGCGGGAAAGUGCACAGGGUCACGGCCGAAGUGAAGCACAACCCAACCAACACCAUUGUUUGUAAAGCUCACGGGGAGUGGAACGGUACUUUGGAGUUCACCUACAGCAACGGGGACACCAAAGUCAUCGACACAACUACGUUGCCAGUGUACCCCAAGAAGAUCAGGCCUCUGGAGAAGCAAGGUCCCAUGGAGUCGAGGAACCUCUGGCGGGAGGUGACUCGCCACCUGCGCCUGGGGGACAUCGAUGCAGCCACGGAGCAGAAGCGGCGCCUGGAGGAGAAGCAGCGGGUGGAGGAACGGAAGCGCGAGAAACUCUGUACGCCCUGGCAGCCCAGAUAUUUUGUCCAGGAGGGUGAUGGCUGGGUCUAUGUCAAUCCCCUCUGGAAGGCACAUUGAGGGUGGAGGUGCAAAACCUGCUGAAAUCGCUGUUUGGGAAGGAAUUAAAGUGGUACGGUAUCAGGGUUCGGCUGGCACUCACACCCCUUGAUGUUCUCCGAGGCGUGGUACCCGAGAAAGGAAUGCUAUACUGUGAAGUGUGCACUCCCAACACUCUACUAUGGGGCUGAAUUUACUCAAGAGCCAUUUAGGGCAUGUGUGUGGUACACAGAUCUCUGUGAACUUUCUGCACACUGUAUGUCACACGCAUGCGCGAUACACACGUCUGCUGGGGAUUACGACACAUGUAAAUAUUGCACUUUCAAGGUUUAAGUGGUAACUAACUAUGAGCUCCUUUCUAUCAAUGAGGUGUGAGGUUUUCUACUUUGCACUCACAAAGGUAUUCUCACUCCUCUUAAAGAGUUGGCCUGGCUCGGUUGACAUCCACAUAGAAGUUGGAGGCACUGUCAUUUCAAAAUGGUGGGUUCCCACCUCCUCACCGUAAGGUUUCAUCUGCACCGAAGAGAAAAACUGGGUUUCCUGCUGGUGGGGAAGGCAGCAGUGGUAAGCAGGUCAUUGUUGGUCCUUGCUAGACACUUCCAGGAUGGAAUGGGACCCCUCUGAGAACCUAGAGCCAGGCCUCAUCUGGAAUUUUCCUCCGUUAGCCCUUCCCCAGAAGCUCCCUGUCAAUUUCUCACACUCAAAAGCACUUUUUUUUAGAAGCUGCUGCUUUUAUAGGAGAAAAUAAAUCAUGGGGUGACCUCACUCCUCUUGUGAUGCUAUAAAAAGGGCUUUAGAAGUUGAAUAUACACUCGUGCAUGCCCCUAUAAACAUGCACCACAACCUCAAUCUGGUAAUUAGUUUGGGCAGAGAAAAGGAUGUCCUAUGGAUUUCUCUCUCUCUUUUUUACUUCACUUCUCUGGUUUGACCCAAGCUCUCAGAAAGCCCGCCGAAGUGUUCCAGGGUUUCAGUGGACUUUCUGUCUUCAGCUUUUACAAACGAGGGGAAGAUCUGACCAGAAUAUAAAAUAAGGGGAAAGUGAAGGAUUUGAUUUUUGCUCAGUGCUUAUUUUUUACAGUACUAUUCCAAUGAUAUUGAUAAAAUCCAACAGCAUGAUCGCUUUCUGUAGUAAUACUAAUUUUGUGCCUUUCGUCUGCAAUCUUAAGACCAGUUGUUCACUUUGUAGAUAUUAGACAAUUAUUUCGAUUAAAUACUCUGCUUCUC